AUGUGGAUUCCGCGGAUAGUCGUGUUGUUAAGCCGAUGCUACCAUUCAGGUGAAUUGAUUCUGCUGUCACGUAUUCAGUGGGCAUGGCUGCUCAGCGAGCUUUUCAAGGAGGUCGGCUUUUCCAUAGACCCUUCGGAGGAGGUGGUUAUAGUCGGGUUCCAGAAUCUGAAGCAGCGGUGCCAAUUAAUCGCGAGUUACCUUCAGGAUGAGGAGAAGCUCAAGGUGCUGCAUGACUCAAAUAUUUUGCACUGGAUCUUUGAGUCCAUCCCGUUCAUGCCGAAAGAGGCGCAGCAACUGUUCGAAACCUUUGAAGAGGCAAUGAAAGGCAAGUCUACUUUGUGCACUAUUCCCACCCAUUUCUGUACUAUUCAGCUCUGCAACGGGAUCAUGCUUACCGAACAACAAGCCCCGAUUUUCACAAAGGAACUCCAAAGCACUGCAUUUUCAGACUUGUCUCUUUUCGACUGAGGUAUCGUCUUCAAGGAGACUGCUAUUUCACCCGCUGCCAGAGUAGCCUCGAGCAUUCGGACUUGGACUCAUAUUCGGCAUCGUCAAUGCGACGGUGCGUCGCUGGAAGCAGAUAUGACAGUACUACAGGGUACCUUUAUCGAAGUCUUCUUGAAGACAUUACACAAUUUGUGUGAGCAUGUCCAAACCGAUUUCUCGCAAGGAAGCAAGGGAGAUCCGUCGCGCUGGGCAAAGUGUGUUUACAAGACGGUGCAGGUUUUUCCCAACACAAUUGGUCGAUUAUUUGUGAAGAAGCACUUUGAUCCAGAAAGCCGACUGAAGGUAGGAACUGGUAUGAUUUGA